AUGUCAAACAACAACAACAACCAGAACCCCGGGCUCCUAGGCGGCCUCGGCGACACAGUCGGUAAAACAGUCGGCGGCGUAACAAACACACUAGGCGGCACAGUCAGCGGCUUAGGUUCAACAGUCGGCAAUGCAACAUCCGGCCUUGGCCAAACAGUCUCGGGUGCCACCGAGGGCUUGGGGAAUACUGCGAAGGGUGCUGGUGAGGGAAUUCAGAACGGGGUGUCCAGUGUUGGCGGGAGGAAGCAGACUGCUGAGAAUCCGCUUGGUUUGAACAAGUGA